CCCUGAGCGAAGCAGCAGCACGGCGUUAAGAGCACCGUGGCGCUGGCGAGCAGCGUUCAAGAGCGUCCACCGUCGUCACCAUGAACAGUUCGGCCACACCAGGCGGCAUCUCCCUGUCGGGACGCCUCUUCGUGGGGGGCCUCGACAGCACCAUGACCCGCGAGGACCUGGAGCGCGAGUUCGGCAAGUACGGACAGCUCAAGGAGGUGUGGAUGGCGCAGAACCCACCGGGCUUCGCGUUCGUCGAGUUCGAGAACAUGUCGUGCGUAGACGAAGCGGUGCGCGAGAUGAACGGUUCUAUCGUGAACGGCGCGCUGCUUCGGGUCGAGAGGGCUCGGGACAAGUCCAGGACGGCGCGCGGGGUCGGAGCCAACGGCGGCGGGGUAGGACCCUUCCGGCCGCGGUCGCGCCGAGGUGGCAUUGCCGGGGCCGCGGCGGGAUCGUAUCAGCAGGCUGGCCUCGAGCGCAAGAUGAUGCGCCGCGCCCCGGAUCCAACGACCGCGUCUAGUCCACCGGAGACGACGCCGCCGAUGCCGGCUGGGUACGCGGUCGGCGCCGCACCUGGUGUCCCGGGAUACGGCUACGACUACGCGGCUACGGCAGCGAUGGCUAACCCGUACGCCGCACCCACAACCUACGCACCGGGCCUGCCGACGGCUGCGUCCUGGGAGUCGCCGUACGGGGCCACGUACUACGCGGCACCAGCCCCGGGAUAUGCGGCACCAGCCCCGGGAUAUGCGGCACCAGCCCCGGGAUAUGCGGCACCAGCCCCGGGAUAUGCGGCACCGGCCCCGGGAUACGCGGCACCGGCACCGGCCCCGGGAUACGCGGCACCAGCCCCGGGAUACGCGGCACCAGCCCCGGGCUACGCGCCGUAUUACGGCGAGUACUACGGCAUGCCGGCGAACGUGCCCAACAUGGCGGCGGCUCCGAUGCCAGUUGCAGGCCCGGCGGCAGCACUCUACCAGCCAGCACCCCCCGAUUACGGCCAGAUGUAGGUGCCGAGAACCACUAGAACCACCUGCCCUGCCACAGUGCAGGAACAGUGUAUGUGUGUGUGCGUGUGUGUUGACAUAAAAAGAGAGGGCCUGUUUUGCUU